AGAUGCCCCAGGUGGCGCUAAAUUGUGGGAUCAUGCUGAGGGAGUGCAUCCGCCACGAGCCGCUCGCCAAGAUAGUUCUCCAUUCGGAGCAUUUCCACAAUUUUUUCAACUACGUGGAGAUGUCCACCUUCGACAUUGCUUCUGACGCAUUCGCGACCUUUAAGGACCUCUUGACGAGACACAAAGUGCUUGUGGCCGAAUUCCUCGAGCAGAACUACGAAGCUGUGAGUGCUUCGACUUACAAACACAUUUGCACAUCUGCAGCUCCCGAGAAGAGAUUAGUCUGGGAUGGUUGUUAGCCACCACACAUAUAAUGCACAUUAGCCUUGCUA